UAUACAGCUGCCCACUCUAAAUUGUCGCAUGUCGGGCCUGUCCAAGGUACUGCCUGAUCCUAAAGCACACACCUCCCGCAAGGUAGCAGGCAGCGGGAGUCGUUGGGAUAGCAGCGAUGAGGAAGAUGUCUCAUCUACAGCGCCCGCCGCCGUCGCCCAGUCACAUGUGACGACGCUGGCGCGGCAUGGCAGCAUCCCAGCGUAUGGUCAUCGUCAGGGCUUUGUACCGAAGCGUGCUGAGGAUUAUGGCGAUGGUGGUGCAUAUCCUGAAAUCAACAUGGCGCAGUACCCUCGUGGCAUGGGUCUGACUUCUACCAAAUCCUCCGGUGGUGCGCUCGCUUUACAGGUGGACUCAGCCGGUAAGAUUCAGUAUGAUGCGAUUGCAAAGCAAGGUCACGGUGAAGGGCGUAUCGUACAGACGAGUUUCAAAGAUCUCAUACCGAUUCGCAACCAAGUUGAAGCUGGAGAGAUUAGCCUGGAUGUGCCGACAGAGGAGGAAGUGCAAGAGAGUGCUGAACGAACCAAUGCUGCACUACAACUCAAAGUCACUGGUCAACUCGCUGCUCAGCGUCCCAAAACGGUCAUGUCACAAGGGAAACGUGAUGCGACCUUUGUCAGGUAUACACCUGCCAGUCAAAUGGGUGAAGCAUCGGAUGUGACACACAAACAGCGAAUCAUCAAGAUGGUAGACAUGCCUGAAGAUCCACUCGAACCACCACGCCAUCGUGUUCGUAAAAUCCCGCGAGGACCAGGAUCACCGCCACCACCCGUCCUACACUCACCACCGAGAAAGGUAUCUGCAAAAGAACGACAAGAUUGGGUCAUUCCACCGAGCAUCUCGAAUUGGAAAAACGCAAAAGGCUUCACGAUUGCGCUUGAUAAGCGACUUGCUGCGGAUGGUCGUGGGUUGCAGGAUACCUCCAUCAAUGACAAUUUCGCAAAAUUGAGUGAAGCAUUGUACCUCGCAGACAGACAUGCGCGUGAAGAAGUCAAGUCACGCUCUCAAAUGCAACAGAAGAUCGCCAUGCGAGAGAAGGAGAAGAAGGAGGAACAAUUGAGGGAAUUGGCACAACGUGCACGGGAAGCACGGAUGGGACCUGCUACACGACUGUCACGUUCACCAUCGCCUGUGGUCCGCAGAGAAGCGUCACGGCCGAGAUCACCUGUUGAUUCAAGGACACCGCCACGAAGACGACGACGACGUUCCUCUUCUGCAUCUGGCUCUGAUGAUGAACAACUGCGCGAGCGUGAACGACUACGUAAGGAACGCCGGCAAGAAGCCGAACGAGCCAUGCGGGUGGGUCGCAUGGGCAAAGACCAACAAAUGAAACAACUUGAACGCGAGGGACAGCGUGAUAUCUCAGAAAAGAUUGCACUGGGUUUGGCGAAACCAACAGCGUCCAAGGAGAGUAUGGUGGAUCAACGACUCUUCAACCAAACAUCUGGUAUGAAUGCUGGAUUCGGCGCAGAGGACGCGUAUAAUCUUUAUGACAAGCCUCUCUUUGCAAGUCGAGAAGCAGCGAAUGCCAUUUAUCGGCCAUUCCAGCGAGGUGGGCAGGAAGAGGAGGAGACGGUUGAGAAUGUCACAAAGCAAUCGAGAUUCGAUGUGCUAGGUAAAGCAACCAAGGGCUUUGGCGGUGCAGAGGGAGCAGAAGCGCGCGAGGGGCCUGUGCAGUUUGAGAAGGAUGAUGGAGACGUGCACCCGAGCAGGAAACGGAUGGUCGGUGCUGCGAGUGAUGGGCCGGACGACGCAAAACGGCGGAAAGAGUGAAUAGGAGUCUUCUGCUUGGUUGAAUACCCUGGCCUUGUCUUGUAAUGUCAUUCUACA